AUGGGCAAUAUUUCAUCCGAAGCCGUAGUAACAGUAGCUUUUAUAUUUGGCUCUCUAAUAUUGGCCAACCAAUCCUUUCUCCCUGUUACGUGGAUCGUUGCUCCCAAAUCAAUGUACCACUCGUUGGAAUCAAGAGCUCCAGUCACUAAAAUUGAAUUUUCCAGAACAAGACUCUGGCCGAUGGAGGGUCCCGUACUCCUAUCCGUAUUCGGGUUCCUCAUGAAAGACGGUGAACACCCAGAAAGAUCAGAUGAAAACAAUAAGAUAUUUAUCGAAACAGUUGAGUCUACUUCAGAAACAGAUCAAAACAACCAAUGGUUUAUUGAAGAAGCGAAAACUGGUUUGGAAAAAACAACUGAAGGAGAUGACGGUGAACACCCAGAACGAUCAGAUGAAAACAAUAAGAUUUUUAUCGAAACAGUUGAGUCUUCUUCAGAAACAGAUCAAAACAACCAAUGGUUUAGUGAAGAAGCGAAAACUGAUGUGGAUAAAACAACUGAAGGAGAUGGUAAGUAG